ACGACUCCACGGGGACCCACUCUCUGUAUACCACAUAUCAGGACUAUGAGAUUAUGUUCCACGUCUCCACCAUGUUGCCCUACACACCAAACAACCGCCAGCAGCUGUUGAGGAAGCGACACAUUGGCAAUGACAUUGUCACCAUCAUCUUCCAAGAGCCGGGAGCCCUCCCCUUCACACCCCGCUUGGUCCGUUCCCAGUUCCAGCAUGUUUUCAUUGUGGUUAGAGUACACAGUUCCUCCACCGACCAUACCACCUACAGCGUGGCUGUCAGCUGCACCGAGGACAUCCCGCACUUCGGCCCUUCCAUUCCCGCCGAGAACUGUUUCCUGAAGGGCCCGGCCUUCCGGGAUCUCCUGCUCGCCAAGGUGAUCAAUGCGGAAAAUGCCGCCGAACGCUCAGGCAAGUUCCACGCCAUGGCCACCCGGACGCGCCAGGAGUACCUCCGCGACCUGGCCCUCAACCACGUCACCACCAGCACCUUGGAGUCCUCCACCUCCCGCCGGCCGCUGAUCACGUUGCCGGCGGCCAAGAAGCGAGAAAAGUCCAAGGUUCCCAAGGGGGCCGAGGCCCACAGCGCGGGGGCUUUGGUGUGGGGCGUCUGGGCCCGGGACGGGAGCAAAGAACCCAACAGCAAGACGUUGGAGCUCCGGUGCCUGCUGGGCAUCUCGUCGGAGUUUCUAGUCCUCAUUGAGGCCCGCGAGAAGAGAGUGGUUUUCAACUGCUCGUGCCGGGACGUCCUAGCUUGGACCUUUUUGGAGAGUUGCACCUUGGACCUUUAUUACGAGACCGGGGAUUACAUUUGCAUGCGUGUGGACGAGGGUCAAGCGUCCGACAUUCGGGAUAUCGUCCAUCGGCUUCAAUUGGUGACCCGCGGGUGCGAGACCCGGGAACUGACCCUCUUACGGAACGGCGUCGGCCAGCUGGGCUUCCAAAUGGACCACGAAGGGUUUGUAACCGAAGUGGAACGCUUCACCUUUGCGGAAAAAGCCGGGCUCCAGCCAGGGGCCCGCCUGGUCCGUGUGUGCGAGAGGCCCUUGCCUGGCCUGACGCCCCCCCAGACCGCCGAACUCCUCCGCACGGCGAAAAAAGUCACCAUCACGGUCGUUCCUCCAGACGAGAACGGAAGACCCAGAAGGUGA